AUGUCUGACUUUCAGAGUAUGACUGAAGAAGAUGUAUUGGACUGGAUAAAAAAAAAUUUUGGGGAAGAAGUCGCAACAAAAUGUGGAGGUACUGUGUCUGAACUGACUUCGGUCGUGUGCCCGUUUACGUAUAAAAUAAAUAUGUCGCUUUUAUAAACGUAUUUUCAUCAGUCUAUCUUUUAACAAUUGACAUCAGGAUUCGAUAAUAAUACACAUAAAUAUUUUUUACAUCUGUAGACCAACAGAUUGACGGCUUUGCCAUUGAAUUACUUGCAACCAAAGGGACAACUUCUCAGCUUGAACGUUGUGGACUGAAUACAGUAGGUUCACAACUUAAAUUUCAGCGACUUGUCAUCUCCCGACUGGAUGUCAAAAAAACAAUGGAAAGCCCUGUAACUAUUGUGGUCUCCCGAAAAAAAACAUCAAAUAAGGAGUUAAAAGAAUGCACCGAAGUAAACAAACGCGUAUAUAAUGCGAAGUAAGUGUGUUCAGUGUGGAGUACAAUAAGUAACAUAUUAAAAAUGGAGAACUGAUAUGUGAUGUACCGGUUAAGGUUUAACCAUUAACAAUCCUUGUGUUUCACCCUGUAUAUUUGUGUGGCAGAUAUUCAUCUUGCAGUUUUAUUGUUGGUUCGCCACAAAUCUAUUUGGCAUAGAUUUUAUAUUAAUAUUAUGUCAUUAGAGUGACGGACCACUAGAAAAGUGAUGGCAGGAUGGGUUUAUAUUUGCAUUUUUUGAGAUCGUCCUCUGUGUAAGUAUUUUUUUAUAAAUGUGUUACCUAGCAAGCAACAUUUUUUUAGCCAAUACAACUAUAUAAAUUGAAACCGUUGUCUUAAAAAAUGUUUCUUCAUUUAUACAGCAAAAUCGAAAUACAAAAAAAAAACUAUAUAUAGAGAUUGUUAUUGACAGAGGCAUAUUUGGAAGCUUGAUCAACAUAGGGCGCUCCUGCCACCAUGGGGAUCAGGAAAUUGGGUUGUAAUGGUGCUAUUUGAACUUCAGAAUUAUUGGUCAAUAUGAUCCAUUGUUUAUAAUGAGGUGUAAAAAAUAUCAGACGAGGUGGAAAACUAUUUCAGGUGAGCAUCUCCCUUCAAAAGUACACUCUCCAUUCCGGAGAAACAUAGGGCAUUAAGAAAUCAGAAAAUGAGAGAAUAAAAACAAGAAAUAUUUAAUCUAUAACACAUGCAGCUUGCAUGCUUUAGCAUGAAAGAGUUGAUCCCAGUCUCUCUCAUUUUCAGAUUUCUAUGCUCUAUGUUUCUCUGGGAUGGGGAGUGUAGGUUUGAAGGAAGAUGCUCACCUGAAAAAUAGUUUUCCACCUUGUCUGAUAUUUUAGUUAAGUAGUGGAGUUAAUUUAAUAUUUUCUGGCUUGUUUUGACAUAUCUUUUUGUAUUUUUGCUAGUUUUACGGUCUUUAUAUUGGCUCAAAACGACAAAAAAUGAAGAAUAUGAAAUAAAAUUUUAUAGUUGCCAUGCAUGUGUGUUUUGAAAAAUCAACCAAGUUGGCUUUGAUUGCAAACAAGCAAUAGGUGUGGCAUUUUCAUUUCUUCAGCAGUCUAAUCCUCCAUGAGUAAUGAGUUUCCCAAGUGGGUGUUUCCGAUCAGGCACAGAUCUGGGGGAGAGGGGUUGCGCACCCCCCCCCCACCCAGAAAUGAUUUGCACCCCUGCAGAGGCAUUUGGCACCACCCCCAAAACUUUUUGCACCCCCACAAAUAAUGUAUAGUUUGAUUUGAUUAUUAAUUCUUACUACUAAAUUUGUAAAAUUACCAAUAUUAUGGUCUCACAUCUCGCCAUGCAGGCCUAGAAAACAGAUUUUGUUAAACUUUUUCCGGGCGUUGCCACCACGCCCCGGCCAAAGCAAGCAGCAGCACCCCCCAGAUAUUUAUCCACCACCACCCCCCCACCCCGAACAAAAAUAUGAAAAUUCGUCUCUGUUUCUGAUGACAGUUGCAUUAUAUUAUAUCUAGAUGUCUAAUUAAGUUACAUUUUAAUUUUAGGAAGAAAGCUGUUAGAGCUGCAGCCAUCAAGAAAUGGCCUGGCAACAAUAUUCCUAUAUUCAGAAAGAACAAGCAAGAAACAGAACAACUGGACGCUCUUGUUGAUGAACUGGAUGAUUGCAUAUUUGAGACUGUUGGCUUUGACAAAGCAGCAAUUCGGCAGCACAUUAUAGACAUCAUGAACGAAAGGCGACGAAGUGUAAGGAAUGGAUAUGAUUAUACAUCGGUGAGAUAA